CUUAGUUCUCACUUUCAUAUGAAAGAUCUUGGUGUCCUUAAGUAUUUCCUUGGUAUUGAGGUGGCUCGGAGUUCCGAAGGUAUUUUUCUAUCUCAACGCAAGUAUGCGUUGGAUGUUUUGAGUGAGUCUGGUAUGUUGGGCUGUAAGCCUAUUGACACCCCGAUGGAGCAGAAUCACCGCUUGGCUUUGGUUGAUGAUGCGCCACUAUCUGAUCCAGAUCGUUAUCGUCGGUUGGUUGGUCGUCUUGUAUAUCUUUCUGUGACUCGGCCCGAACUUAGUUAUGCGGUUCAUACUCUGGCUCAAUUUUUAAGUGCUCCUAUGGUUCCUCACUGGGAAGCCGCUCUUCGUGUUCUCCGUUAUCUUAAAGGGAGUCCAGGGCAAGGUAUUCUCCUUCGUUCUCGCAAUGAUUUGUGUCUUUCCGCUUAUUGUGAUAGUGACUGGGCUGCUUGUCCUACGACACGACGAUCAUUAUCUGGUUAUCUGGUUUUUCUUGGUUGUUCGUUGGUCUCCUGGAAAACCAAGAAACAACCAACAGUAUCUCGUUCUUCUGCUGAGGCAGAAUAUCGUUCUAUGGCUGUUACUACUUGUGAGUUGAAGUGGUUAAAAUCCCUGCUAUCUUCUCUUGGUGUGCUUCAUUCUCGGCCCAUGCGUUUGUUUUGUGACAGUCAAUCGGCCUUGCACAUCGCAAAGAAUCCCGUGUUUCAUGAUCGUACGAAGCAUAUUGAGGUCGAUUGUCAUUUUGUUCGCGAUGAGUUAUUAGCUCACAAUUUAUCUACUUGUUAUGUUCCUACUGGGCAUCAGUUGGCUGACAUUCUUACGAAAGCCCUUGGGCGUUCUCAGUUCAGUUUUCUUCUCCGCAAGUUGGGCAUUCGUGAUCUUCAUGCUCCAACUUGAGGGGGGGUAUUAAGGAAAUAUUGUGAUAUUGUGAUAUAUUUUCCAUAUAUUUGUAAUUAUCUUUUAGGAGUAUCUUGUAUAUCUUUAUAACGUGAUUUCAGGAAGUUAGGUGUUUUAGGGUUUUGUAAAGCCUUGUAUAUAUGGCUGUAACUUCUGGUGAAAUGAUAUACAAAAAUAUA